GCAGCAUCCUCCUCCUCUGAAGAAGUUCCUCCAGGAAGGUGCGCCCCUGGCGCAACGCCGUUGGAGUGGCCAUUGGCAAGUCCAAGAUUCACCGGGCUCCAUCGUCCCGGCCGACAGCCGGCGUGCUGCAGCACGGCCCGCGACACUAUGUGCCAGCGGCGGGGCGCUGAUGGGCCGGAGGAGUUGCCGGCUCCGUUGUCGAAGAUGUCCCCAUGUGCAGCAGUCGGUGCAGGGAGGCGCAUCCUGAAGCUCGCGCUCGACGAAGAGGCGCCAGUGUCCGCGUUCAUGGCGCGUGCACCAACCGUCGAGGGCAGGUGCAUCCGCAGCCUGAAGCUUGUUGCAGAAGCCCCAACGGCCACUGUCUCGUGCGCCCGAGUCGGUGAUGGAAGGCGCGGCGAGUCCGACUGUGCGGGCUCCGCGGGCAGCGCCGGUGGCGCGGGCUCGACCUCCUCCUGGACCUCGUAGUCCAAUGGAGGAGACGACGACGGAG